GGGACAAAAAAUGGCAAUGUAAAUUACAGGUCUUGCUGAUAAUUUACAGUUAAUGAGGUAGGGCAUUUCCCAAGUUACUAAGUCUAACCCCCCUUGCUAUUUAAACACCCCCCACUUGAGGUUUCCUCCACAUUGCCUCAAGCACGCUUCCCAACUGUGACCUCUUAGUUUCAAGGUGAAGAUGAAGAUCUCCUUCCCAGUUCUUCUCUGUUUUCUUCUUCUGAGCUCCUCUUUGAUGGAGCCAGCCUUCUCUGCUACCUCCUCAAACUGCAGCAACAAGUGUUCGAAUCGGUGUGCAGUUGCAGGAGUUCAAGAUCGAUGCCUCAAGUACUGUGGGAUAUGCUGUGAAGAGUGCAAGUGUGUCCCUUCUGGGACUUAUGGCAACAAGCAUGAGUGUCCUUGCUACAGGGACAAGAAGAACAACAAGGGGAGACCCAAGUGCCCCUGAAACUUGAUCAAGAGGGUCUCAAAUCAACUGCUCAAAUCUGAUCUGCGUCUACUCUCAAGUCUCUACUACUCUACUAGUCAGUUAUAAAUAAUUUUAGUGUGUGUCAGUUUGGUGUUAAAAUAUAUGAUCCAUAAUAUUUAGUGAGUGAUCUAGGGUACUUAGAAGUUGAUUAGCACUCUUUGAUUAUCAAUGUUCAAUUCUAGUUGGGUUUGUGCAAAACGAUGAAUAAGAAUGGUUUUCUUAGUUUUACAAGGGUUUUGGAACCUGGUGGUUUUCUCAUCAAAGCUAGUCUUGAAAAUAUUUGGUCUUCAUCUAAUUUCAUAACCAAAAUAAUUCGU